CGCCCCCCGCGCCGGCGGCGCCGCCGGGGCAGGGCGCGGCAUGGACGCGGUGCUGCUGGAGCACUUCCCCGGGGGGCUGGACUCCUUCUCCUCGCCCCCCUACUUCGACGAGGAGGACUUCUUCCCCGAGCCGCCCUCGCGGGACGCCGUGGGCGCCGACGGGCUCCUGGAGCAGGACGUGGACUUCCUCAGCCGCCAGCUGCAGGAGUACUACCGCGACGGCGCGGACCCCGAGGGCGGCUACUGCUGCGAGGCGGCGGCUGCCGCCUUCCCCCCGUCGCCCGCCUCGCCCGGCUUCGCCUACGAGUGCUGCGGGGCGGCGGGCGCGGCGCUGCUGUCGCCGGCGGGGCGGCUCCAGGCGCUGGGCUCGGCCAAGCGGCGGCGGCGGGUGCGCUCCGAGGCGGAGCUGCAGCAGCUGCGGCAGGCGGCCAACGUGCGGGAGCGCCGGCGGAUGCAGUCCAUCAACGACGCCUUCGAGGGGCUGCGCUCGCACAUCCCCACGCUGCCCUACGAGAAGCGGCUCUCCAAGGUGGACACGCUGCGCCUCGCCAUCGGCUACAUCAACUUCCUCAGCGAGCUGGUGCAGUCCGACCUGCCGCUGCGCAGCGCCAGCAGCGAGAGCCCCAGCCAGCCCAAGAAGAUCAUCAUCUGCCACCGCGGCACAAGAUCUCCCUCCCCGAGCGACCCCGACUACGGACUGCCCCCUCUGGCCGGCCACUCACUGUCGUGGACUGAUGAAAAGCAGCUCAAGGAACAAAACAUUAUCAGGACAGCCAAAGUGUGGACCCCCGAGGACCCCCGCAAGCUGACCGGCAAGUCGUCCCUCAACAACAUCGAGAACGAGCCUCCCUUCGACUUCGUGGCCUGAGGCGCCGCGCAGUUGGACUGCGCGUGUGUCCGGCCCUGUAUAUUUUGUAUGUAAAGACCUUUAUUUUAAAUGUAAUUUAAGAUUCAGACUCUAAGGGCAAUCAACUUUAUUUAUCUAUUUAUUAUGCAGUAGCGAUAAUGAGGUAGAAUCGUCUGUUUUGAAUGUAUAAUUUAUAUAAUUUAUCCUGAUUUUAAAGAUAUGCAAUAGUAUUCUUCCAUCAGCACCUUUUGAAAAAAAAAUUGUCAGAACCUGUGAAAAUAAUUUAUUGCAGCACGUGGACUUCUCCUGUGUUUGUUAAUAAUAAAUCCGGACAAACCCUU